AGUACGUCUGAAGCUACUUCCGUAUGCGCGUUUGCGACGGUUUAUUUUGUUACUGAAAUUUGCAUACCAGAUAUAACGAUUGAUCAACUAACCGAUGUUCAAACGAAGUUGACGUUCCAGCCUUUCGAAUUAAAUGAACCUUUAUGGGAUCUAGUGAUAAUUCGGAUGGUUCCAGACAAUACACCAACAUCCGUCUUGCUGUUUCGAUUCCAUCACGCUUUAUUUGAUGGCGUUGGUAUGUUUCAUCUCCUAACGAAAAUGAUUACACCCAAAAGUAAAAAAUUAACAAAGGAAAUGUGCACGAAACUCGUUUCGCCAAUUCGGUAUUUGAGAAUGCCGUACGACUUUUUGCACACGUGUCAUGAAGAAUCCCGAGCUGGGAGUUUCAUUCAAGAUAAGAAGAUUCAGACAACUUUGGGCGAUACCUUUUCACCGUCUGAAGCAGCUUCUCAUGUCCGUUUUCACAUCAGUGAUCCAAUCCCGUUUAGUGUCAUUCGGCAAUUAGGGGUGCGACAUGGUGUUAGUGGAACAGCGGUUAUGCAUUCCGCAAUUUUGGGUGCGGUUCGCAGCUCAUUUUUUGCACAUGUGGCGUCAAGUUCGACAACAGUAAGAGUAGAGACAACCCUUUUACCACCUUGGAAAAGGGAUCGACUACUCGGAAACAAUGUAACGCACGGCAGGUACACGGCAGCCAUAGGAGAAGUGGAUGCUCGAAAACGGCUAAUUCGUACUCACGAGGCACUCAGGGGCAUGAAGGAAUCAACCUUCCCUGUUACCUCAGCUCUAAUUUCGAACGCCCUGUCCAGCCUCCCGCGUCCCAUUUUGAAACAAAUUAACAAGCUUCAUGAAGGACAUGAAAGGAUUUUUAUUGGGAAUAUGAUCGGUCCUGAGGAAAAACCAAAGUUUUGUGGGUACCAAUCAAAAGACGUGUCUUUAAUGUCCGGCUUUUGCGCAACUUAUUCGGGCAUAAUCUUCGGCAUAAUCACGUUCGGAGAUACCAUGAAAAUUGGUGUCUUUGGAAAUCGGAACCUUCUUCCCCGCAGUGGCCAAGCAGAAGAAAUUACACGUGCUUUUAUGCAGGAGCUAGAUGACUUACAAAUUGAGGAUUGUGCCCCAAUUUGCUAGGGUGGGCAAGGAUUUAAAAAUCAGUGGCUGACGUCGCCGCAUUCUUUCAAAAUGCGGAGUCCUCGGAGUUGACGCCGUCGAAAUAUUAGAACAAACUGCGCCAGCAAAUUGGUUUGCGUCGAG